CUGGGUCCUCAAAAGCAAUCUGGCUACGGAGAGCUAAAUGGCAACGCAGGAGACAGAGAAGUGUCAUUAAAGGGCCUGUGCUCUGAUGAAGCCACCGCCCCAGGAUCCAGGGUACCCAAUGGCAGCCAGCAGCUCGUAGACACUAACGCCACCCCAAAGCAGACGGUGAAGGCCAGCGCUUUGGGGAAAGCUGGGAUCAAACCCAAGAACUUCGUUCAGAAAAAUAGCAUGGACAAAAAGAAUGAGAAGUCCUACGAGAACAAACUUAGAGAAAGCCAGUCCUCAGACAAGCCCGAGGGAGUGUCUAUUCCAAACGGUGUGGUCACCAAUAACUCCGGCUACAUCACAAAUGGCUACGUAGGCAAAGGGGCCGAUAACGAUGGUAGUGGCUCCGAAAGUGGAUAUACCACGCCGAAAAAACGGAAAGGCAGGCGCAACAGUGCCAAGGGUUGUGAGAACUUGAAUCUAAUACAGGACAAAAUAAUGCAGCAGGAGGUCAGCGCACCCACCUUAAAACAGGAACUUGAGAGCUUCAAGCCCGAUUAUAGUGAACAAAAGGGGAACCGAAUUGAAAAUACUAAGCCUGUUUGGAAAUACGAGGCUGGGGCUGGUGGAGCAGGCCGGGGAAAGCCUGGGCUUGGGGAUGUACAGCGAAAAAACUCUGAUGCCAAACCUGGGAUUAGCAGCAAGAAGUUUGAUGACCGGCCCAAAGGGAAGCACGCGUCGUCGGCUACGUCUAAAGAGGAUUCAUGGACCUUAUUUAAACCACCCCCAGUUUUUCCAGUGGACAAUAGCAGUGCUAAAAUUGUUCCCAAAAUAAGUUAUGCAAGCAAAGUUAAAGAGAACCUCAACAAAGCAGCUCAGACCCCAUCCACAUCAUCUUCAUCGUCUUCGUCAUCUGCGGGGGAGACUCAGACCCAGACAUCGAAUCGGCUGUCCCAGGUGCCCAUGUCCGCGAUGAAAUCCGUGACUUCUGCCAGCUUCUCCAACGGGCCGAUCCUGGCAGGCACCGAUGGAGGUGUCUAUGCUCCAGGGACCCAGCCGCUGCUCGCACCCGCUGCUAGUACUGUACCAUCAACCUCCUCUGAGUCGGCACCCCAGGACGUGAGUACAGCCCCAACAGCUCUCGAACAAAAGAAAUCCAGCCUUUUUAUCUACCCUUCAAAUAUGCAAACUGUGCUCCUGGGUACGGCGCAAGUGGAUUUCCCAUCGCAGACGAAUCAGCAGAACCUGGGAGAUAUCUUCCAGAAUCAGUGGGGUUUGUCUUUCAUAAACGAACCCAGCGCUGGACCCGAAACUGUGGUGGGGAAAUCAGCGGAUAAUCAGUUAAUGGAAGUGACAUUUCAAGGGGAAUAUCCUGCCGCUUUGGUUUCGCAGUGUGCUGAAAUCCUUCCCUCAGGAACUGAACAACCUGUGUUUCCUAAGGCUUACGAGCUGGAUAAACGGACUAGCCCUCCAAUUCUUAGUGCUGUUCUUAAGCCUGGGACUGCUGGUGAGGGUGGUGUCUUAGCUUUGGAGUCGCAUCACACAGGUGACCUACAAAAGGCAGACACCGGUAGCCAAGGUGCUUUAGUGUUUCUUUCAAAAGACUAUGAAAUAGAGAAUCCUCUGGCCUCUCCCACGAACAAUUUGCUAGCCUCCGCCAAAGAACAGAGGUACCAGAGAGGCCUAGAAAGGAAAGAUAGCUGGGGUUCUUUUGACCUGAGGGCUGCUAUUAUGUAUCACACUAAAG